GGCUGCAAAGGGGACGAUGCUGUGCUGGUGUUGAGUCCCACCAAAGGGGAGGCACGGAUUUGGGAUACUGCAGGUCCAGGGGGGGCAGCGUGAAGGGAUGGGAGUGCUCAGGUCUGGCAGACUGGCCAAGAGAACACCACGGCUCCCCCAGUCCAGCUGUAACUGAAGGGACCAGAUGACGCAGGAAUGCCGGGGGGAGCUGGCAGCCGCCCGCCGUCCCCAGUGGCACCUCGGGGCUCACACAAAGCCCUUGUUUGGCCCAGCCGAGCUGCCAGCCCCCAGCCCCGCCAGGCCGGGCACUGUAAUCCCCGUGGGGAGAGCACAUAGAAUCAGACGGACAAGUUUUGAUGUGAGGCAGCAGCUUAGGGUGGGCUCAGGUUUCCUUUGGGUUUUCUAUAUUUAUCGCCGUGAUUUAAUGCCAGCACUGGGGUUUAAAUGGCACCACGCAGUUGGUGCGGGGAGAAGGAGCAGCCGUCCCCGAGCCGCGCACACGUCCCCGAGCCGCCCAUGGAGCUCUUUGAGACCAACCCGUAUUUCUUCCCGGAGCAGAGGUUUUAUGAUGGGGAAAACUUCCUGGGCUCCCGCCUGCAGGGCUACGAGGCCGCGGCGUGCCCCGAGCGCGCCGAGGCCGCGCUGUGCGCCGAGGGCAGGGCGGCUCUGCAGGCCAGGGAGGCGCUGGCCGAGCACUGUCCCGGGCAGUGCCUGCCCUGGGCCUGCAAGGUGUGCAAGAGGAAAUCGGUGUCCAUGGACCGGCGGCGCGCGGCCACGCUGCGGGAGAAGCGGCGGCUGAAGAAGGUGAACGAGGCGUUCGAGGCUCUGAAGCGCAGCACCCUCCUGAACCCCAACCAGCGGCUGCCCAAGGUGGAGAUCCUGCGCAGCGCCAUCCAGUACAUCGAGCGGCUGCAGAGCCUGCUCAGCUCCCUCAACCAGCAGGAGCGGGAGCAGCGGGAGCUGCGCCUCCGGCCCCAGCCCGCCGCAGCCAGCGACUGCGGGUCCGGCAGCUCCUCCUGCAGCCCCGAGUGGAGCAGCCAGCUGGAGUUCGGCACCAACCCUGCAGAUCACCUCCUGGCCGACGAGGCAGCCGAGGAGCACAACCUGCACUCGCUGUCCUCCAUCGUGGAGAGCAUUGCCGCAGAAGAUGUGGCUGUGACUUUCCCGGAGGAGCGGGGUCACAACUGAGCUGAAGCAAACCCCGGCGGCUCCUUGAAAUGGUAACAGGGUGGGAAUGAGAUGCCGAAGGGUCCAGCCGCUGGAAAUCACAUCCACCCCUCCAGUGUUGUGGGCUGCACGGCUGACACCGCUCGGCUCCCUUCCCAUUCCUUGUGGAGCGCUCCUGCCGGGCUGCAAGAAGAACAGGCAGAGGUGGGAUGGGGCAGCGGCCACAGGUCCUGGAGGGGCUUCCCAGGGCCAGGCCCUGCUCCACUGCCCAGCCAGGGACGGGCAGGUUCAGGGCCAAUGUGUAUGCUGGGUUCGCUUUGCUGAGUUUUCCAGAUGCUCCUUGACCAAGGUCUCUCUCCAGACGGUGUCCGGUGGUGCUGACCUGCAGCCCACCUGUCUUUUCUACUGAACGCUGUGUGCAGUUGCCAUUUAAGUUUUUUUAAUUAUUAUUUUUGCUAACUUAUUUGGAUUCUUUUUUAAAUAAAGGCAUUCUUGUUUGG